UAACUUUGCAUAAUAUAGAAAUAAACCUGGCUAGCCUUGAUCUAAAACUCUUCCUACAUGUAGUUUCUUAAGAAAUUGUUGCAAUGCGUUGUCACUUGUGCUAUCUAUGGCUUUGUAGCUUUGUGGUAGCAAACCCUGGGGCUAAUGUGGAUAGGGUAUCGAUGGAUAAGCUCGGCUUUCACAAUAACUACAAUGCCAUUGUGCGGGAUUUAAUCAAGAACUGGGAGUCACCGAUCGUAUAUCUGCGACAGUUGGGCUAUCUGCCCAAUGACUAUGAGGAUACAUCAAAGAUUAAGCCGAAUUUGGAUGCUCUAAUGAGUCGCAUCGAACACGAUGAUCAACAGAAUAACUUGCGCACAGAAGAUGACAAAACCAAAGAGCAAUUCUGUGCAACAAAUGGUGGCAAAACGUUGCAACUAAAGAUGAAAAAGAAGAAGAAGCGAAAGGCCGUGUUACAGCCAAAGAAAAGCAAACGUCGCGAACGUGACGCAACGGGCACACAGAAAGUCAACUAUCCCUCCGUGGAACAUCUGUUGGCCAUGACGCAGAAUGCGAAGCCAUCAGUUGAAGCCGUGCCUCAAGUUAAGCAGUCGUUGUCACAGCCAAAGUCAGUGGAAGAGAUUCAUAACUCGAAGCUGCAGCUGCCUAGCCAACUGUUACAGCAGCGACAGCAGCCAGCAGUGCAGAAGCCAGUUGCCGAUGCUAAAGCAAAUGAUAAUCUCUUGCAGCGUCUCGUCAAGAAAAUCAGAACGAACGCUGACCAUAAGUCACUGGAGGUCCCUCAGCCAAAUAUCGUUCUGAAACAAUCGCCAAUUGAAGCCCAUAACAUGCUGAAGCUACUCAAUGACAGUCCUGACAAGAGUGUGUCCACUUUCCUGGGCAGGAAACAAUUCAAUGGAGAGCUCAGCCCGACGACGAUCGCCCGGCUACGGCGCAAUCUGAAGUCAAGAUUGAUACGGAAAUUGAAGCACCGCAAUAACUAAAUUGGGAUAUACAAAACAAGCGGCUCAAAUAGACCUCGCCCAUGGCCAAGGACUCCUAUGUUGAUAAACUGGUGCGAAUAUCUUAUAGAAGAAGCAAAACGAAAAUAUGUGAUAAAACCAAAAAAAAUUUGAAACAUCUUUAAUUCAUUUACUCACUACCAUUCAUUU